AUGGCGCAAUGGAUGGAACUGAGCGCAGUGUUGAGCGCAGUGCUAAUCGGUGUGUCGUUGCUGGACGCCCAACGGUGCCCGUGCAUCUCUGGACCUCCGGACUACCAGUGUCCAUCAGCACCGCUGAUGCAGGUCUACCUGAGCCACCAGCUAUACUGUACCCGCUAUUACAAGUGCACCGAUGGGCGCGCCAUCGAGUUUCAGUGUCCAUACGCGAUGUACUUCGAUCCGGUGGCACAGAAUUGUACAACGGACUUCCGCGUUUGCUAUAGAGACGUUGACUGCAUGCUCUUCGUCGACGCCUGUAGGUGCUGCAGAAAGCAGUUAGACAAUACGGGACUCCAGCCGCAAAACUUUUACGUAUGUUACGACGAUGGAAUGGGGCUUGCCAUGACCUGCCCGUUGGCCCUGGAUCCCUGUACGAACAGCACCGUGCAACUUCAGUUCAUCAACAAUAAAUGUGAAGUGCCACCAACAACCGUUACGCCAGCGCAAACAACGACCACUUCCGUAUCAACCACCACGGCAAGCACCACAUCAACAACCGCAUCAACAACCACAUCAAGUACCAGCACAGCUAGCACGACCACCACUCAAGCUACGACCACCACCCAAGCUACGACCACUACCACGGUAGCCGGAUAA